GCUGCACACAACAUCUGAGUUUCUUUAUCACUAUGGCGAUAUAUUCUGUAACUUUUGAUGUGUCAUAGCUAUAACCUAUAAUUACCAAUAUUAUUGUAAUUUAGCUGAAAACACCAAUUCCUGAAAUGUUACUGACAAGGGCUUCUGCAACCCUUAGGGCUGUUGCUACUCUUGCGAAAAACAAAAACCAAGUCACCCGUUUAUCCAUAAGGAACCAUGGAGCGUGCAAUUAUAGAUCACCUCCUGUACCACCAGGUAAAAAUAUAGUUCUGGCCGCAGAAGUCGUUCAAGGAUUUAUGUGGUGGUGGAUUCUGUGGCAUUGCUGGACUGAACCGGGACAUCUUUUUGGGGAGUUCGAUUAUCCAGAUGUUAGAAAAUGGACAGAUGAAGAAUUGGGUAUUCCAAGUGAAUUGGAAUUGGAUGAAUAAAUAGUCGGAUAAUGUAGAAAAAUGUCAUCUGUAGAUUAUAAAAUAAAGAACAUGUAUAUAUUAAGCCAA